CCGACGACGACAACAACAACGAUGGCGAAACCUACCCUACUACAAUCGCUGUUGAACCGGCCGUCGCAGUCGUAUGCACACUACGCGGAGAAGGAUUAUCAUUCGGCGAAGCAAGACUUUGCCCGGGCAGCAGCGAGCUCAGCCUCAUCAUCUAGCCGAGCGAGCAGUCGUGCUAGCACGUCGAGUGAGCCGACGCAGGAGCGCGCACGGCCGUCGCAAUACCAAUCCACACGGCGUUCUCUCGAUAGCACCCGCGCGGAGCUUAUCGUACCCUCAGCUUCGCGUCCUCGGCCCCAAUUCCAAGUAGAGGCGCAUAAUCCCUAUAAUAAACAGAAUGACCUCAUCUCAAAUUCGUACCUUCCCUCCGACUCCCACCCGCCCCAGGCUCCUCUCCUCUCUCUUCCUCCCGUACCACUUCUUCCAUUACAUCCCGAGGUGACUGCUAGAGCGCUACCUUCCCUCCCCGAUCGUCACUUGCUUCACCCACAACUAAAUCACACUCACCCUGAUCGUCACGACGGACGAUCUCCAAGCGGCGCAGCACGGGAACAUUCCUGGCAAGACAAGCACGAAGACCAAGAAUUAGACGAGGACGAUACCCUUUCGGACGUGUUCUAUACGCCUCUCACCUCCCCCGUCGUCUCGAUGGUCAUCGACGCUGCCUCUAUAUCUUCCAUCCUUCCCUCACCAAUCGCAUCACCGAGACCCGUCCACGUUCAACGCGAAUCCACCUCAUCCACUUCCUCGAACGAUUCCGAGGACGGUUCUAUCUCGACCACGCCUACUUCGGAUGAUUCUCUAUCCGCCGCUAAAGACAAGCUGGAACACAAGAACGUUCCUGUGGAUGACAUCGAUGGCGUGUCCCCCGAGCUUAUCGAGCUUAACAUCGCCGUAAAACCGCGCUCACAGCCUGAUCCUGUCAAUGACAAGCCAUCGUUGACCAUCCCUGUUUCGUCAAACACCGCACCUCGUUCCGCAGUGCAUUCGUCCUCUAUGAUCUCCACCGCUGUCUCUCGUAUAUCCCAGUCGGACCAACGUUCCCAUCGUAGGUUCUCGUCCGUCCCGACGCCGCCCCCAGUUCGUCUGAAGUACACCGACGAAGACUGGGCGAAAGAGGUCCGGUGGUUGGACCCUUCCACGACCUCGUCAUCGUCAUUGAAGCCGUCGAAACCUGCUAACAAACACAAGCACAAACCUCUCGUCCACGAUUCCGAGUAUGCAGACCUCCCCGUGCCUCCCCGUCGACCGCGUCAGGGACGCAGCCGAACAACGUCUGCUAGACCGAGGUCCAAGGUGCAGAUGACGGCUCUUUGGGAGGAAGACGAGGACGGAACGACGAUAAGCGACCAUCAUCAGCACCCUCCGUCUAGUCACGGCCAUACCCAAGCUCUCUCCGAUUCCCUCGUACUUACAUCUGAGCUUCGCGCGAGGAGUCGCACCAUUUCAGAAUCUUCCAUCUCGCCUUCCCUCUCUCGUAGCAAUAGCCUCAAGAGCACGACCAGCCCCCGAACAAGCUCGACACCACCUUCACGUUCUGCGACGCUUUCUGUACGGACGGUCGCGAGCGCCACGACAUCCACAUCUACCCGUUCGCCCUAUACCAUGUCUUCGAGAACCGUCACACUACCCACUCCUUUGCCCGUACCCGCACCUGCGUCCACGACGAGUGGUCUCCACAACGACGAUGGUGCGUUAGCUGACCUUGGCGCCACGGCAGCACCCAGCAUGUCUGGUUACACGACCAUGACGCUCCCACGCGCGGCGUACAAGCCUGCCGAUCCUUGGCGGACGAUAGGAGGCGGCAAGGUCGAUCUGGCGAGGGAGGGUAAAGCCCAAACGACAAUGGCGAGCAUCGAGGUCGUCAGAGGUGUCGCAGAGUCAUUGCCUGGUGGGAAGGGAGGUCUCUUGAAGAGGAGCGGGUCGUCGGCAAAACGCUCUAGUUGGCUGUUUGCUGGGAACGGAUCGUCGAGUAGGGUCGAUUUGACGAAGGCAGGCUCGGGCCUGGGUGGCCUUUCAGACGCUUUGGCGUUGACGUCGCAUUUGUCGCCACCUUCGCAUUGUCCGUCGUCGCAUGUGCUUGUACAAGUGCAUGCGGUUGCGUUGGAGGGGUUGGAUAAGGAGCUCGUGGUCGAUAAGGUGAAGAGGUCGUCUGGGGCGGGGUUCAUCCCGGGGAGGAGUGUGGCGGGGAGAGUUGUGGAGGUGGGUUGGGAAGUUAAAGAGGAGAUUGCGCGGAGGGGAGACUGGGUCGUUGGGAUUGUGGAUCCGAAGAAGUGCGGUGCCCUUGCCGAGUUUGUGAUACUUGAACGCCAUCGACUGCACCGGGCGCCGCAACCUUACAUGCCCACUCCACAACUUUUUCCAUCGAGACAAUCACAUCAUAACCUACCUUCCCGACCUUCUGGUCCUUCGCUUCAGACCCUCGCUCUUCUACCCCUCAUCGGUGUCCCGGCCUAUCGUGCUCUCCGAACCUACCUCGCCGCUGUCGAACGCGGUGGGAUCAAGGGUGAGGCUCCGUCCUAUUCGUCGUCGACAACUCGUGGGGUCGGAGGAAGGGCUCUGAUCCUGAGAGGACAAGAUGGUGUGGGCGGCAUGGCUGCUCAACUGCUUAUUGAUAAAGGAACCGAGGUCUGGGUACAGGUGGAAGCUUCGAUCGUCGGAGUGGACGAUUCGGACGGCGAGGAGGGUGAAGGGAAUGUGCUGGUGUUCGAGAGUGGGGAUGCGCUGGAGUGGGAGGACGCGGAUGGCAAUGUGAGGAGUGGGAGGGAAGGGGACGGAGCGCUAGACGAGAUUUGUGAGAGGCUGAGGGCUUGGGGCGUUACGGGGAUCUGUGUCGGCAGGGCGGUGGAUGUGAUCAAUGUUUUGAAGGAGAGGCUCGACGUCGCUGAGGCUGAGAUGGAGGCUGGAGUGAUUGGCGAGACUGGGGAGAGCGAAGAAGCGUUGCGGAGUGGAGGCUUUGAUUUUGUUCUCGACACGGUGGGAGGUAGGGAGAUCUGGGAAGCGGGCCAGGCAUUACUCUCGCGGCCUCAACCCGCACAGACUGCUGUCCAGCCUCAGACGCCUUCAUCCCCUCGAUCACCGAUCUCUGAACUCUCUCCAUCCGACUCCAACUCCGCGGGAUGGAUGGACGCUCAGUUCACCACUGUCGUCGGCGACAAAGGAUCCGGAAAGGCACUCCCCAGCACUCAAGACCAUUGGCGCGCCGGUGUUCGUUCCCUCAAACGUGCCAUGGUCCCUUCAUCCUCUUCUCCCUUGUCCACAACACCGAUCGCCUUGUCACCAACUUCGCCGCUCUCGAGAUCUGGGUCGUCGACGCCCAUAUCACCUGGUUCGAGGUCAGCGAGAUCGAGUAGUGAGGUCGUGGUCCGGGAGAGUUUGGAGUCGAGUAUGCUCGGCGUCAGUGACAUUCAUGGCACUCAGCCUAGGAAGCUCAGCUCCUCUGGAUCAGGGGUCGGAUCCGAGAAGGAUAGGAAGAAGCUGGCGAAGAAGCCGAGACUGAAGGUCCGUAAGCCUAGGAAGGUCGGGUAUACCUGGGUCCCGAGCGUCGCGGAUGUUGACUUCGAAGGGACGGAUGUGAGGGAUGCUUUGGGAGCGCUGGUCGGCAUGCUUGAUGGACAGGGGAUGGGCGGAGGGAGGAGGUUGAGGCCUGAGGGGUGUAUUGAAGGAGAGGUUUAUGGUCUGGGGAGGGUGGUGCCGUUUGAGAGGACGCCGGAGGUGUUUGUGGGUGAGACGAGGGGACGGAAGUCUUCUGGGUUGUUGGAGGGUGGGGGGACGGUCGUUGUUAGGGUUGUUGGCUGAAGCGUGAGUGGUCUGGUCUUGAUUUGUUGUCUGUUGUUUUAUCUCUCGCUCGUGUAUGCGGUUGUGUUUAUCCUUUACCCCUGGUUCGCUUGUUCAUCCGUCAUCUACGCAUUUACAUCCAUCUUUCUUGCAUUUCAUGUCAAUCACGUUCUAUGCACGAGCAAUUCUGUCUAUAUAUUGUUCUAUUUAUGCUGCUCUACAUCCUGUUCGCUUCUCUCUCCUCUGCCCACGCCCGCGUUGGGAUUACUAUUUACUACACACGCAUUUAUAGUACCAUCUCAUCUUGUUUAUCACUACUGAUAGGUUCUCACAUUCACGUCACCCUCACGACCCUUGGGAUUUUCGCUGAGCACGACACGACCACUCUAUAAUACUCAUCAUUGACAUCUCCCACCGGCUUCUUGCACUCUCUAUAGCUUCUUAUGAACAGUCUUUACUUCUGACUUACUUUUGUAUGUUUCGCGCUCGAGGUUUCCCUGACUCUUGCUCCCAUAGUUCACAACGCCUGCCACUUACACCCAUAGACAUUCAGGCUCGUACACGAUCAUCUAUAGACUGUAAUACCUCCAACAUGUCGCCCCAGUCAUAGAUUCACAUAUACAGACUACAGACGCC